AUGUCUCCUAAUCCCCAAAGCUGUGAGGUGGACAUACCCCUGAGGGUUCCCUGCGGAGGGCCUGAAAUAUCACCCGCUGCUUGUAUGGAGAUCCAUUGCUGCUCUGACAUAAAUGGAUGCUACUAUGGAAAAGCAGUGACCGUCCAGUGCACCAAGGAUGCCAGCUUCAUUGUAGUCGCUGCCCGGGAUGCCACUCUUCCCAACAUCGACCUGGAUUCCAUUUCUCUGAUGAGCUCAGAGCCUGAUUGCACUCAUGUUGACUUUAAUUCAGUCUUUGCAAUCUACCACUUUCCUGUAACUUCCUGUGGCUCCGUUGUUAUGGAAGUCCAAGGAUCUAUAAUCUAUGAGAACAGGUUGUUCUCCACCUACGAAUUGGGUGUCGGACCCUUGGGAAGCAUCACCAGGGACAGCUACUAUGAAGUGCGCUUCCGGUGUAUAUACCGUGGGGUUUCUGUGGAAACACUGAUGAGUGAAACAAUGAACCUGGCAGAGCCUAUACCCAUAGCUCCAGUGAUUGGUCCCAUUCAAGUGGAGCUAAGAUUGGGAAAUGGAGUAUGCACGACGAAGGGCUGUGUGGAUGUUGCAUAUGACUCAUACUACGUGGAUUCAGACUAUCCUGUUACCAAAGUGUUGAGGGAUCCAGUUUAUAUAGAAGUGCGUCUCCUGAACAUGAUGGAUCCUAGGCUUAUUCUGACUCUGGGUCGCUGCUGGACCACCACCCAACUCAACCCACACAGCCUGCCCCAGUGGGACAUCCUCAUUGAAGGAUGUCCGAACCAGGGCGACCGUUACCUGUCCACUCUGAUUCCUAUCGGUCCUUCAUCUGGCCUGCCGUUCCCAAGUCACUACAGGCGUUUCAUUUUCCAGAUGUUUACCUUUGUGGAUCAGGAAAUGAGCCCCCUUAAGGAGCAGGUUUAUAUCCAUUGCAGCACUGAAUUGUGCACACCUGGACAAGGCGAACAAUGUGAACCCAGCUGUGGUGGCAGAAAAAAAAAGAGGGACGUUGCUGCGACCGCUGUGGCGAAGGAGCCCAGGAUGGUGAUGACCGUUGGGCCGCUGCUGAUGGGUCGGGUAGAGGAGGCCCAUCAGGUCCCAUAAUGAAUACGACUUGUUUCAACGUUAAUAUUGUGCACAACCAUUUAUGUUUUAAAUUAUUCUUAUGCAUGAAAUUAAACCAGAUG